AUGCUCUGGCUUUCCAAGCAGCUUGUCGUCCUCGCUGGAGUGCUGUGGCUCGUUUCGAGCGCGUCGUGCAUUCUGGUCCAAGAGCCGCCGCAUGCGAUGAUACAUUACAUCUACGACGCCAGCUUGCUUUGGGACACGGUCACGAAUGGGAAGAUGCUUCCCGGCAUUCCGCACGCCAUCAAUCAUGAAAGGGGCGUGAGCGAACGUUGGAAAGCCUUUCUGCGCCAUCAUGGAACCGAGACGAUGCGAAAGGCUGUAGAGGACCUUCAGGAGAAGGUCCAGCAGUGGGAUCGACGAGACUACAGGAUCAGGAAAAGGGUCUGGAACUUUCUGAAGCCCAACAACAAACAGCCACUGUUGGCUGUAUCCGAGCCAGCCGAACAGUACGUAGCCCGAAAGAUGGUCAACGCUUUCACUGACCGGUGGUAUCGAUUCUACAAGGCGCAGAGAGACGCCGAGCUAGCGGCUAUGGACCGCGAGGAACGAGAGGCCAAUGAUGAGGGAUCAGAACAGACAGUGCAGGACUGGACCGGUCCGCCGAGCCCGUCGUCUUCCUCGCAAUCCAGCAACGUGAGCCCGGAGGGGUCGACGGUCGCUUCUGGUUUCCGUCGCUGA